UAACCUUACAAUUACUACUACUAUACGACGGGCCACGUUUUGUCGAGGGCGAUUGACUGGAUAUCAAAACUUUAUUAUGGGCCAACCACAAAGGAAAAAGAGGAGAGGCAGGUGUGCUUACAUGCAGAGGCGAAUACGACUGAGAAAUAGAAAAAGAGAUUUAGAUCAGAUUGAUGGUGACCUUAAAGAGGAAAAUGCUUCCAAAUUAUUGCAUCAAGAGUUUGAUUUUGAUAAACCAGGUGGAGGUCAACACUACUGCUUGCAUUGUGCGCGAUACUUCAUUACAGUUGAAGCCUUGCAUGGCCACUUUAGAACAAAGGUACACAAAAGACGACUUAAAGCACUAGAACUUGAGCCUCACACCAUUGAAGAGUCUGAACGAGCAGGUGGUCUGGGAAAUUACAUCCCCCCAAAGAAAAGGAAGAUGCAGACACAGCCAGUAGAUAAUGGGACCUACAAUGUAAAAGAGGAAGAUGCAGAUAUGAAAGUAGACAAAGAUGCAGAUAUGAAAGUAGAGAAAGAAGACAGUAAGGAAAUGGAGAUAACUUGAAACUGAAAAUAAUAAUUCCCCGACAUGUUAUUCCAUUGAAUAUAGUAAUAUAAGGAACUAUAUUAACUUGUGUGUAAUAAAAAUUUAACAGUCA